UGCGAAGGAACUCGACUUCUCUCCCCGCCAGGCCCGCGCUCAGACCGCGCGCCCCGCUCGGCCAUGGAGCCGGGCCCCGACGCCGAGGAGGCGCGCACGGUGCGCGAGGCGCUGGGCCGCUACGAGGCAGCGCUGGAGGGCGCGGUGCGCGCGCUGCACGAGGACAUGCAGGGGCUGCAGCGCGGCGUGGAGCGGCGUGUAGCCGAGGCGCUGCGCCUGGCCGGCCCGCUGGCGCGCACCGUGGCCGAGCUGCAGCGCGACAACCAGCGGCUGCAGGCGCAGCUCGAGCGCCUGACGCGGCAGGUGGAGGCGCUGGGCUUGGGGACCGGGCCGUCCCCCGCGGCCGGCACUCCCGGCACGCCCAGUCCUCCGCCCGCGCCCGGCGUCCCCGGCCGCGCGCCCCGGCUGGGCAGCGCACGCUUCGCCAGCCACGCCACCUUCUCGCUAUCCGGCCGCAGCCAGAGCGUGGAUCACCAGGACGAAGCCAGUGAGCUGGAGACGAGGAAGGCCUCAGACUCGUGCGUCAUCGAGAAUGGGCACCAGCCGGGGGCAGGUCUGGGCGACGGACCCCCGGAGGCUGCCCAGACGUUGCCGGCGCCAGAGCCGCCCAGGCCUCGCCCUGUGAGCCUCUCCUUGCGGCUGCCUCACCAGCCCGUCACGGCCGUCACUCGCGUCUCUGAGAGGUUCUCGGGGGAGACCUCAGCCGCGGCUGUCUCGCCCACGUCUGCCCCCGUCCUGGGGGGCCUGAGCCCCAGCCCCAGUGAGGCCACCACACCGUGGGCCCCCGGUCCCAGCGAGAAGAACCCAUCCGUCCCGCGGUUGAGCGCCGGCUACGGGGCAGCGUCCACAGGCAGGAACAGCGACAGCCCACCCCUGGUGACGCCGCCCCGGUCGCCCCCGGCCUCCCCGCCGCCAGCCGCCGCCCAGGCCCGGCGCCGGGAGCUGGUGAGGUCGCAGACGCUGCCCCGCACGUCGGGAGCACAGGCCCGGAAAGCCUUGUUUGAGAAGUGGGAGCAGGGUACCGCGGGCAAGGGCAAGGGCGAGGUGCGGGCUGAGCUGAAGCGGUCCCAGAGCUUCGGGGUCGGCGCCGGCAGCAUCAAGCAGCUCCUGCUGCGAUGGUGUCGCAAGAAGACUCUCGGCUACCAGCACGUGGACCUGCAGAACUUCUCCUCCAGCUGGAGCGACGGAAUGGCCUUCUGCGCCCUGGUGCACUCCUUCUUCCCCGAUGCCUUCGACUACAGCGCCCUGAGCCCCACGCAGCCGCAGAGGAACUUCGAGCUGGCCUUCUCCAUGGCUGAGAAUCUGGCCAACUGCGAGCGCCUCAUCGAGGUGGAGGACAUGAUGGUGAUGGGCCACAAGCCGGACCCCAUGUGCGUCUUCACCUACGUCCAGUCACUGUACAACCACCUGCGUCGCUUUGAAUGAAGCCCGUGGGGCCUGGAUGGCUAGGGCGGAGACUGGGGGGCGGCUCGCGCUCCCCGAGCGGGGCAGCCCCGCUGUGUGGUGUGAGGGCACUUUUGUUCUGUGGCGUGUGGGACGCCCUCCGGCCCGCUGUGUUGUUUGAUGUGGGCACUGCGCACUGUGCUCUGCGUGGGCCGCGGCCAGGGCUCCACAGAAGAGGGGGAGCUACCAGAGAGCGCGAUUGGUGCUAAGUGAUUAUCUCCCUUCAAAUAAAAGGCUUGCCUGUGGAUUCUGGAAUGUGA